GGAGGCAGAGACGCCCGGCAGUCGGCGAGCACGGCCCGGCGGAGGAGCCGGCUGCAGCAGCAACCCCGCCCCCAGCUCGAGGGAGGGGGACCCCCGACCCCAGACCCCAGCCUCUCCGUGCGUGAGAGGGCUAGUUCCCAUCCAGCCCGCAGCCGGCAUCCCCCGGCUGCCGCGACUCCAGCUCGCCGCGCUACCAGGUCAAGUUUGGAUGCCUUUUGAGUUCAUCUCCUCCUUUCCAGAAGAUAAAUUGUGAAAUUGAAUAAUGUGGAAAGUCCUUCCCCUCUCUUUUUGUAUGUGACUUUGAGAAAAGAUUGGUAUGGUCUUAACAGCACAAGAUCAUCUCUAGAAAUUAGCGGCAGUUAUGAGUUCAGAGGAGAAGGGUGUAUCUCCUGCUCACAAAACAUCCACUCCAUCACAUAAAAGUGCCUCUUCUUCAUUGUCAUCUCAGAGGGACAGUAAGCAGAGUGCUCAUGUAUUAGAGCGAAAUAUUUCUUUUGGAAGUGCAGACCCAUCUGUAAGCAAGCAGUUGCUCGAAACUGAGUCUGUCUCUCUGUCUAAGGAACCUGACAGCUGGGAAAUCAUAGAGGGGCUGAAAAUAGGCCAGACUAAUGUCCAGAAACCAGACAAACAUGAAGGUUUCAUGCUGAAGAAAAGAAAAUGGCCUUUAAAAGGCUGGCACAAGCGCUUUUUUGUCCUGGAUAAUGGAAUGUUGAAGUAUUCAAAGUCACCAAUUGAUAUUCAGAAAGGCAAGGUACAUGGAAGCAUUGAUGUUGGCUUAUCAGUUAUGUCAAUUAAAAAGAAAGCUCGUAGAAUAGACCUUGAUACAGAAGAGCAUAUCUACCACCUGAAAGUGAAGUCCCAGGAUUCAUUUGAUGCAUGGGUAUCAAAACUGCGCCACCACAGAUUGUACCGUCAGAAUGAGAUUGUAAGAUCACCAAGGGAUGCCAGCUUUCACAUAUUCCCAUCAGCCUCUACUACAGAGUCUUCACCAGCUGCUAAUGUUGCUGUGUUAGAUGGAAAGGUUCCACAAAAUAGCUUCCCAUGGCAACCCCCCAUACCAUGUAGUAAUAGCCUUCCUGCAACAUAUACUACUGGCCAAAGUAAAGUAGUAGCGUGGUUGCAGGAUUCUGAGGAGAUGGACAGAUGUGCAGAAGAUCUUGCACACUGCCAAUCAAACCUUGUGGAACUUAGUAAGCUUCUUCAAAAUUUAGAAAUUCUACAGAGGACUCAGUCGGCACCAAACUUCACAGACAUGCAGGCUAACUGUGUAGAUAUUUCAAAGAAAGACAAGCGGGUCACAAGACGAUGGAGAACAAAAAGUGUCAGCAAAGAUGCAAAAAUACAACUUCAGGAAGGGCCAGCGCUGAAGGGCCAGUUCAGCACAACACGACGCCGGCAGAGACUAGCAGCAGCUGUGGCUACAACAGUCCCUUUCAGUGCUACAAUGUCACCGGUUCGCCUGCACUCAUCCAACCCCAAUCUUUGUGUAGACAUCGAAUUUCAGACUCCCCCAAGCCAGGUAGCUGACCCCUUGGAAUGUUCCAUGGAGUACAUCAAACUUCAAGAAGAGUUUUGCCUCAUGGCACAGAAAGUUCAUUCUCUUUUGAAGUCUGCCUUUAACAGCAUAGCUAUUGAGAAGGAAAAGCUUAAGCAGAUGGUUUCAGAACAGGAUGUUACAGGCCACAAUUCACAAAUAACACGCCUCAGACAAUCACUUUCUCAGGCUCUCAACCAGAAUGCUGAACUAAGGAGUCGCUUGAACAGAAUACAUUCUGAGUCUGUUAUUUGUGAUCAGGUUGUCAGUGUAAAUAUUAUCCCUAGUCCCGAUGAGACUGGUGAACAAAUCCAUGUCAGUCUCCCAUUGUCUCAGCAAGUUUCUAAUGAGAGCAGGCUCUCUAUGUCCGAAUCUGUCUCUGAAUUCUUUGAUGCACAGGAAGUGCUUUUGUCGGCAAGCUCAUCAGAAAAUGAGGCUUCUGAUGAUGAAUCCUAUAUCAGUGAUGUGAGUGAUAACAUAUCUGAGGACAACACCAGUGUCGCAGACAACGUUUUCCGACAAAUUCUUAAUGGUGAGCUAGCAGGAGGUGCAUUCCGGAAUGGACGUCGGACUUGUCUCCCAGCUCCCUGUCCUGAUACCAGUAAUAUCAAUCUGUGGAAUAUUUUGAGAAAUAAUAUUGGCAAAGAUCUCUCCAAAGUCUCCAUGCCAGUUGAGCUAAAUGAACCUCUUAAUACUUUACAACAUCUUUGUGAAGAACUGGAAUACAGUGAACUCUUGGACAAAGCUGCUGAAACUGAUGAUCCGUACGAACGCAUGGUUCUCAUAGCUGCCUUUGCAGCUUCAGGGUAUGCCUCCACUUACUACAGAGCAGGAAGCAAGCCAUUCAAUCCAGUGCUUGGUGAGACUUAUGAAUGUAUUAGGGAAGACAAAGGGUUCCGAUUUUUCUCAGAGCAGGUUAGCCACCAUCCACCCAUUUCUGCCUGUCACUGUGAAUCAAAGAAUUUUGUGUUUUGGCAAGAUAUCAGAUGGAAAAAUAAGUUCUGGGGGAAAUCAAUGGAAAUCCUGCCAAUUGGAACACUGAAUGUGACUUUUCCAAAGUAUGGAGAUUACUAUGUGUGGAACAAAGUCACCACCUGCAUACACAACAUCCUUAGUGGAAGGAGAUGGAUAGAGCAUUAUGGAGAAAUAACAAUCAGAAACACAAAAAGCAGUGUUUGUAUUUGUAAGCUCACAUUUGUCAAGGUGAAUUAUUGGAAUUCAAAUGUAAAUGAAGUCCAAGGGGUUGUCAUGGACCAAGAAGGAAAGGUGGUGCAUCGCCUCUUUGGAAAGUGGCAUGAAGGGCUAUACUGUGGGGUUGCACCUUCAGCAAAAUGUAUAUGGAGGCCAGGCUCCAUGCCAACCCACUAUGAACGUUAUUAUGGCUUUACAAGGUUUGCUAUUGAACUCAAUGAGUUAGAUCCUGUAUUGAAAGAUAUUCUUCCAACAACAGAUGCACGAUUCAGGCCAGAUCAGAGACUUUUGGAAGAAGGAAAUGUAGAAGCAGCAGCCACAGAAAAGCAAAGAAUAGAGGAACUCCAGAGAAGUCGAAGGCGAAACAUGGAGGAGAAUAACAUUGAAUACAAACCAAAAUUUUUUAAAAAAGUUAUCGAUGCCAAUCAAAGAGAGAGCUGGGUUUCUAAUGACACCUAUUGGGAACUGCGAAAGGAUCCUGGCUUUAGUAAAGUAGAAACCCCCAUACUCUGGUAAACUGAGAAUGUAGAUCUAAUAAACAUAUCACUCUCUGAAGAAAAAAUUAAUAACUAUGCACAAUAUGUUUCUUAUAGCUAAGUGUGGUUUGUGAGUCUACAGAAAACCUACCAUUCGCUUUUAUAUUCAUCUUUAUAAUGGACUUUCGAAAGUGCAUUAGACCAGGUCCCUGACCACUUUUGGAUCCUUUUUAUUUUGCAGCAGCCAUUUAAAAAUAACCUUUAAAGUUUCAUGUAUUAAAAAUGCAAAAGAAAGGAAGCAGAUUUGUUAUCCAGAGUUGCUCGGAAGAGGUUGUAAUACACAAAACUGCAACUGGUGCUUAAAACAAACAUUGAGAGUAACAACAAACAAACAAAAUGAAAGAGAAAACAUUUUGUUCUAACUCAUUUUGUUAAAAACUCUUGUGUUACAACAGUCUUAUCAUUUCCGGCUUAAGGCUAGUCCUUUAGGGUAUGUCUACACUACGGGAUUAUUCCGAUUUUACAUAAACCGGUUUUGUAAAACAGAUUAUAUAAGGUCGAGUGCACGCGGCCACACUAAGCACAUUAAUUCGGUGGUGUGCGUCCAUGUACCGAGGCUAGCAUCGAUUUCUGGAGCGUUGCACUGUGGGUAGCUAUCCCGUAGCUAUCCCAUAGUUCCCGCAGUCUCCCCUGCCCAUUGGAAUUCUGGAUUGAGAUCCCAAUGCAUGAUGAUGCAAAAACAGUGUCGCAGGUAAUUCUGGGUAAAUGUCAUCACUCAAUCCUUCCUCCGUGAAAGCAACAGCAGACAAUCAUUUCGCACCUUUUUUCCCUGGAUUGCCCUGGCAGACGCCAUAGCAUGGCAACCAAGGAGCCUGUUUUGCCUUUUGUCACUGUCACCGUAUGGGUAUUGGAUGCUGCUGACAGAGGCAGUACUGCAGUGCUACACAGCAGCAUUCAUUUGCCUUUGCAAGGUAGCAGAGAUAGUUAGUAUCCCUAUUGCACCAUCUGCCAUUGUAAAUUGGCGAUGAGAUGACGGUUAUCAAUCAUUUUGUACUGUUUGCAAUUGGAAAUUGGUGAUGACGGUUAUCAAUCAUUUUUUACUGUCUGCUGCUGUCUUGGGUGCUCCUGGCUGGCCUCGCUGAGGUCAGCGGGGGUGCAUGGACAAAAAUGGGAAUGAGUCCCUGGGUCAUUCCCUUCUUUAUGUUUUGUCUAAAAAUAGAGUCAGUCCUGCCUAGAAUAUGGGGCAAGUCUACUAGAGAGCCAGAGAGCACAGCCGCUCCGGGUCAGAGCCCCAGAGAUCCCGCAGAAAUGAUGAGCUGCAUGCCAUUCUAGGGGGUGCCCCUGCAACAACCCCACCCGUUGCUUCCCUCCUCCCACACCCCUCCUGGGCUACCGUGGAAGUGUCCCCCCAUUUGUGUGAUGAAGUAAUAAAGAAUGCAGGAAUAAGAAACACUGACUUUUUAGCAAGAUAAAAUGAGGGGGAGGCCGCUCCAGCUGCUAUGAUAGUCCAGGCAGGACAUUAAAGGGUGGUGGGGAGAGGAGCGCAGCCUCCCGCUGCUAUGAUAGUCCAGGGAGUACAGAAUCUUUUCUUUAGACAUGAAAGGGGGCGGGGGCUGAUGGAGCUCAGGCUCCAGUUGCUAUGAUGAGGACGGUUACCCAGCAUGUCGUACCGUAUGCCAGGAAUGACAGGGAGUCAUUCCCAUUUUUACCCAGGCGCCCCUGGCUGACCUCAUCAAGGCCAGCCAGGAGCACUCACGGGCUGAUGAUGGUUUUCCACCAUUUUGUACCAUCUGCCAUCAGGAAAGGAAGGGGAGGGGAUGCUGCUGUUCAGCACCACAUCUGCCAGCAGCAUGCAGUAGACAUACAGUGACAUUGAAAAAUGGCAAGAAAUGAUUUUUUUCCCUUUUCUUUCACGGGAGGAGGGGGGAUAAAUUGACGACAUAUACCCUGAACCACCCCGGACAAUGUUUUUGACCCUUUUGGCUGAGCUCCCAAUGCCUAGAACACAAAUGCUUUUCGGGGACUGUGGGAUAGCUGGAGUCCUCAGUCCCCCCUCCCUCCCUCCAUGACCGUCCCUUCGAUUCUUUGGCUUUCCGUUACGCUUGUCACGCAGCACUGUGCUGAGUCCCUGCUGUGGCCUCUGUCUAUCAUAGCCUGGAGAUUUUUUCAAAUUCUUUGUCAUUUCGUCUUCUGUAACGGAGCUCUGAUAGAACAGAUUUGUCUCCCCAUACAGCGAUCAGAUCCAGUAUCUCCCGUACGGUCCAUGCUGGAGCUCUUUUUGGAUUUGGGACUGCAUGGCCACCCGUGCUGAUCAGAGCUCCACGCUGGGCAAACAGGAAAUGCAAUUCAAAAGUUUGCGGGGCUUUUCCUGUCUACCUGGCCAGUGCAUCCGAGUUCAGAUUGCUUUCCA